AUGCUACCCGAUAACAUCUACAACAGCUAUCUCGAAUACAAAAAAGACACCAACACGUACAUCAACUGGCUCUGCAGCACUGCAACACGUAUAGGCUUUCCGCCGCCCUACAAGUCAUCGUUAGAUUCAACGGCAUCAAAAUCACAGGCCAGGAAAAAGAAAAAGCUUGAAGAGCGAGAAGUCAGUAUUAGCGGACUGAUUGCAUGUGCGGAGGCAAUCGCCGAGAAACCGCCCAAGCAAUUCGUCGUUCCUGUAUACGCUGCUCAGUGCGCGGCACGGGCCAUCAGACAACGGAAGAAGUCAUCGCAAUGGCAUGAGAGUCAGGUUGAUGGGUUGGAUGGAAUUGAGAAGGUAGUGAAAGAAGAAGAUAACGCCGGUCAUACUUUCUUCACGGAGACGCUGGAGCAUACGCUCAAUAUCUUACGGCCGUUUAUAUGCAACGCGCAACACGUCAACAAGACUGAUGACAAGGCUCAACGACAUGAUUCCAUGGAUGAUAUUACCAAUCGCUUCAGUAAGCUUGAGAUUGAGGAGUUGGCUGAUCAGGAAGUCGAGAGUGCUGCGAUUGCGGUCGCCGAGAAACCGCCAACAACGUCACGGAUCACAUACUUUGUCGAUAACAGCGAAGAAGAGCGCCAAGUCGCUAUGGAAUCCCUUCUACAUGACCACUUACGCAUUAAACAGGCCAUCCGCAAGGCAUGGCAAGAAUAUUUGUUAGACAGAAAGCUUGACCUCAUCACGACCGCGGCAACAACUCAAGCCGGGUUGCAGAUGCUCCGGAGUCUCGUUCACGAGUUCACGAUGCAGUUCCCCGGACUUAACUCGAUGGAGACAUUCUGCUUGAACUAUCUUCGCAAACGCAAAGACAUCCGAUCAGGUUCCGACGAAGCUAUUCCGGUAGAUACGAGCGACGCGGAUAUCCAGAUUCCAAAACACGUGGCCGAAUUCAGCUGCCUAGACACUUAUACCACUAUCCGGCAUGCGUUGAGUCGUUUCUUCCAGGCUGAAAACUACGCCGGUCGAUACCGAGCAAUGGAGCUUGUGCUUCGAAUCGGCUAUUUUGACAACUACAAAACGGACAUGCCUGCCCUGCAACCACUGGUCAACGCCCUGGAAGACAUCUUAGGCAUGGACGUCGAGGGAAUGGGCAGCUUCCAACAUCCUCCCAUUAUGGACAACUUCACUCAACUCUGGCGAGAGUAUCUCCAGACUUUAUACUCUGCUCCCAAACCGGAGGGACAAAAAAAGAGGGAACUUCCUGAUCUGAGCGUGGAACUGGUCCUCUGUACGGAUCUAUACCUGAAGGUACAAGAGGUCGUCAUACUUGCCGAGCCAAACAUCAUAAGAGACGACUACAAGAAUAACUGGGCAUACAAGAAUUACUAUCAGAAUGACAGCGACUCUGGUCAUUACCUGGAAUUGUUAAAACAAUACCCAUUCACAUCAAAUCCAAUCCGCAAAACGCUCACCUCUUUCUUCCGAAGCGAUGCAGACACAGCAAAGGUUGUAGACUGGCAUACCACGGAAAUGUUUUGGGGUCGACGCGCCAUGAUGAAAGAAAAGAUAACAAGUACCAGGAUAAGUGGAAGAGAAGAAUGCGUCGUUGGAGUCUUUCGUUGGGAUUGGCCACGAUAUAACCCGUUUUUAGCUGGCCUGAUAGCCUUUGUCGUCGCCCAAGCUGUUGAUGAGCUCAAUACGGUAUUCCAGAACCACAGCGGCAGCCCGGUCGCGACGGCACAUCUCUAUAACUACCUACGGCAGGCUCACAGCGUGACAGCCCCAUCCCCUUGCACUCCUGUGUUGACAAAGGAGUGGCCAGAUAUGGAAAGCUAUCUCAAAAUCAUGGGCGACAAGAGUGUGUUCGGUGGCGAUCGACCGGAAUUCCACUGCAUAAACCCCCUCGACAAAGAGCAGGAAGAGUUUCACGCUCAACACUGGACCGAGUGGGUACUCGCCGACGAAGAAGCGGUGCAGAAGUCUGCAGAUGAGGUUCUACAUCGAGAAGGCACGACAAAACUGUGUCUACCACCUUCGUUCCGUGAACUCAACGCCAGUCCCUCAGCCGCUGAAAGCUCGCCCAGCCUACCAAACGAAGGAACCAACACACAAACCCAGCAGAAGGAGAUUCCUACCGCCGAUGCCAACAAAGCUGCAUUCGAAGGAAUACUCCGGCUUUUGCGCCAGGCUAGAGCGGACAACGAUCAGAUGAAGACGGCGGGGUUGGUACAGGAAGCUUUUGCUAGGCUGGGGGCGCUUGGAGGGGAUCAUGUGUUGCCCCCGGAGGAUCAUCAGGAGAUUGUCAAGGCUGCUGAAGAAUUCAUGGGGAAGGGGGUGAGUAAAGAUGGGCAUGGUCGUGUUUACUAUAUUCGUGUUGGACAGGCUGCUCAACAGCCUUAG